GAAAAAAUUAGCUAAUUUUUGUGAAAAAUUGUGAAGAAAAAAAUAUCAUUUGAAUUAUUAUCAAAAAAUUGUAAAAAUCUUUAAUAAUUUAAUGCUUAACGAAGUAUUUAAUAGUUUUUAAUAAAUAUCUACCAUAACAAAUCAUAAAAUAUGCCAUUUAAUGCCAGGCAUACUUAUAAUACACGGCAUGACUAUAAUACGACCCAUGGAAAUGCAGGAGGUAUAGGCAGCAGCAGCAGCCUCAGUGCCGCAAACGCUGCUAGCAACAGUUCUAAUACAGUAAAUGGCAUUUUACGUAAAGUAAAUGGUUCUAUGUCCAGUUCAUCUGCAUCAUCAUCAUCGUUGUCGUCAACGUCCAAUGCCAAUGAAGUGCGUCAUGUUGAUUUAUUGGUAUUUGGUUAUGCCUGCAAAGUAUUUCGCGAUGAUGCCAAAGCCCGUGAUAUUGAUCAGGGCAAACAUUUAAUACCCUGGAUGGGCGAUAAUAAUCUAAAAAUUGACAGGUUAAUAUUUUUCCAUAAAACUUUGCAGCCUGAAACAAUGAAACAACAUGCUAUAAUCGAGAAAACCGCUCGUUUUAUAGCCUCUCAAGGUGUACAAAUGGAAAUUCUUUUAAAAGCCAAACAAUCGAAUAAUGUACAAUUUGAGUUCUUAUCACGAAAUUCCAUACUAAAUCCUUACUAUAAAUAUGUGGUAAGUUCCAUAAAAGAUGGUACCUAUCCCCAGCAUACUGAAGCCAAAGAAAAAGACCCCAAAGAAAGUGGUGACAAUGCCAAUGGUAAUACACUGGGCUCUGGGACAGAAAAUGUGGUGUUAAAACCUGUUGUAACAGUACCCACCAUUAAAUAUAAACCAUCAGCCGAUUGUGCUUAUACACAGUUGAUAAGUAAAAUUAAGGGUGUACCACUUUCCGAACUGCACGAUGAAAGUUCUAGACAAAGCUUGAACUCACAGCAGGAAAGUGCAAAUAAUUCCCCUUCCUUAACACCAGUGUUAUUACAAUAUAAUGGUGCCACCUUUGUAACGGAACAAGAUGAAAAUUCCAAUUCGAAUAUGGGACAAACAAAAACAACUGCCGAUAGUUUAAAUGAUUCACAGCCAAAAGUGGAGAUUUUAAAAAAUUCCAGUGCAUUAGCUUUGGCACAAAAUUACUCUUCCGAUUCGGAGACAGAGGAAGAAGAGGCUGCAGAAGCCGAGGGAGAGAAAACACCACCGAAAUUAGAAUUUCCAUUACCACCGGAAAGUUUACAAAAUAUUAUCGAUAAAACUGCAGUGUAUGUCAUAAAGAAUGGACGACAAUUUGAGGAAACGUUGCGUAGUAAAUCUGUAGAACGUUUUAGUUUUUUGCUGCCCGAUAAUGAAUUUUAUCCUUAUUAUAUGUAUAAAAUAACGGGAGAUCCCAAUGCCGCCUCUAAAGAACAAAAGAAACGUAAAGCUAAAGAAGUAGCGGAGGCGCUUUUAAGUAAAAAAGGUUUAAGUGGUGAUAAAUCGACAGCAACAAACCCUGUAUCGUUUUCCAUAAAAAAUAAAGAUGAAACAGCAACAAGUGUUGCCCUGCAACAACCCGCUUUACCCCAAGAACACAGCGAUGAUGAGGAUAAACCAAAAACAAAUGCAUCAGCCAACAGUUCCCAGCGUCAUGUACCCGAACAUGUACAAAAAGCUAUACAAUUGGUCGAAUCCCAGCUAAUGGCUAGAAAUGCUCAGUUGGCGGCUACCUUAGCUUUAAGACAAACAACCCCUCUUGCCAAUAGUGUUGGAAGUAGUAGCAGUACCUUAAAGUCCUUAUCAACACGCUAUGAUUCCGAUAAAUUAACAAACAAAUUACCAACCAGUUCUGUUGUAAAAAUAUCUGCCGGUUCUGUGGCUAUAAACACCAGCAGCACUUCUAACACUUCCAAAGCAGAAGCGGAACGAAAUGCUUUAUUUGAGCAGCAGCAACAGCAACGUCAUAAGGAAUUAAAGAAAGCUGAAGAAAAAGUUAAAGAUAAAUUGGCCCAAAUUGCCCGCGAAAAGCUUGGCGGUUUAAUUUCUAAGGAAAAACAAUUGCAAUUAGAGCGUAAACGUAAAGCCAUGGCAUUUUUAAAUCAAAUUAAAGGUGUUUCAAAGACUGACAACGAUUCCGAAGCAGAUGCUGCCAAGAAACCCAAAUCAUCGAAUAACGAAGAUGAGGGUAAUAAUAGUGAUGAUUCAGAUGUAUCAGUACACUCCAUACCCAUUACAUCCUACGGACCUAAUAGCGAUGAUGAAGAAGAAGAAAAACUUGAAAAUAAAAUAAUUACACCAACUCCUCCGUCACCGCCGCAUAUACCAAUAAAAUCAAAAGAUUUAACACUUCAAAACAAAACCGCCACCGUUAAUGUGUCCGAUGAUGAUGAAGUGGAAUUAAUAAGUGAAAUUAAACCUAGAGAGGUAUAUAGUAAAAGACGCUCAAGAUCAAGAUCCAAAGAUAUUUUAAUAACAUCUACACAUAGUCGCCGGCAUUAUAGAAAACGCACACCCUCAACAGAGUCCUUAUUGUCCUCGAAUGAUGAUGACGACGAGGAGGAAGAUCGAGAAGAUGAUAGUAGAUCACAUAGAUCGAAAUCAAAAUCACAUAAAUCGAAAAAAUCCAAAUCGAAAAAAUCCUCGAAAAGUAAAAAGAAAUCGAAAAAACGUUCUCGUUCCAAAUCACGCACACGUUCGCACUCACGUUCACGUAGUCAUCAACACAGUCGUUAUCACAGUGAGCGGUAUCGUCAAAGAAGUAGAUCACGUAGUUAUACUAAUCAUGAAGAAUCUUACAAACCAAGCCACAGUGAAAGGGAAAGAGAAAGAGAGAGGGAUAGAGAACAACGCAAAAGAUCAUCGCACACUCCCAGUCGCAGCCAUUACAGCAGUAGCAGUAGUCGUUCCCAUAAAGAUAAAAGUCGUUCACAUAGAUAUGAUUAAAUUUUAAAACUCCGUUUUACUUUUGAAUAACGUUUUACCUUAAACAAAAUAGUACUUCCGUUAAAUCCCCUACCCCAUAUCAGUAAGUACUUCCGGGGCUACAUAUUUAUACUAUAGAAAUUUUCUUUUUUUAUAUACAUAUGUAUAAAUAUUUACCAAACUACAUACAUACGUUAUAUAUAUGAAGUUUUUAAUCUUUAUAAGUAUUUAGUGUUUAAUGAUAAUAAAUAUACGUAAAAUGUUGUUUACAUUGUUUUAGGCAGUUACAUAAAUUGUGUAAAUAAAUAAAAAAAUAAAUUAUAAAUAAAAUAAAAAGAACUAAUUGUUGUUAUUAUUUUGUAUGUGUUUUUGUAUUUGUAUAUUAAAUCACAGAUUUCUUAAUAUACCACCAACUUUAUAACUAAAAUUAUUACUAAAUUUUAAAUUUAUAUUAAAUUCUAUAAUAAAUUUUAAAAUUCCAAUUCGCCGGGUAGAUAUUUAUCGAUUAAUGACUGAUAGUAGGGCCAUAAAGCUUCAAUAUCUGGUAUCUUUUCACUUUUUGUGUAUAAAUCAUAACG